AUGGCGUCCUGGCAGCGCCUGCCGACCGAAAUCAAGCUGGCCAUCUGGGGCUCCGUGGCCAAAGAUGCAGAGGACGACCGUCGCACACGGAAGCUGCAGCUCGACAAAAACCAGAAACCGGUCAGCCUCGCUCCCUUUGCCGCCGUUGCUCUGGACUGGCAAUCGUUCUUUGAACAGGUCACCUUCCGCCGACUCUUCAUCGAGGACGAUCAGGUUGAUCGAUUUGCAGCCCUGGUCAAGGGCCCUCGCAAGAAGCAACGCUUAGGCUUCAUUCAACACCUGCAUUUCCACGGCCGUUUGGAUGACUACGACUGCUCGCAGUGCAGUACGCUGCCCAGUACCGAGGCCCUGAAGCGGGACGACGAGCGGCUCGUGGUCGCCUUGUCAGCGUUGAUAGCGGUACUCGCCACGUGGGACGACACGCCCACCGGCCAGGACCGACAGGACCGACAGGACAGACACGGUGGUCUGGGAGGGCAAGGACCAGCCGGACUGACCUUGGAGCUGAGCUCGUCCUCGUGGAGCGACCCAUACCAUACAAUCCGCAACUUUCGACACUACCGCGAGUACCCGUAUGACGCAGUCGAGGACAUGGACGAGACCUGCACCGCGUACGAUCGGUACCGGGUCCGCGAGCGUGAUUUUCCAAAUAAUACCCACGGGUGGGAAGCGGGUGUCUGGAGACAGCGCCUCGCUGGUGCCGCUUCCGCCAUCGGCCGCGUUCUGGGAGGCGAACCUCUCGGCCAUGCCAUGCAGCUUGCCCGCCCAAUACAAGCAGGGGUCGCGAACCAGCUCGACAACUCACAAGUCGCCGAAAUUGGGGACGUGGACGUUGCCCCGGUCAAGAUUGUCCACACGCUCAUGAUGCGUCGUCGGUUUUACCGUAGCAUCGACCAGAGGCUCUUCCAGACGCUUGUGUCUUGUACCUCCAACGGGCUCGACGGGGCGCACAUGGAGGUGUGGGAGCCAGAAAGCAUCGGACGUACGUGUAACUACUUUGUGGCUGUGGUGACUGAGGUGGAAUGGAGAAUCGAGUGGUCCCGUGGCGGUGAAGCCAUUCUCGAAUGUGGGUGGGGGUCCGGCCUCCGCAGCCUGUCUGUGUAUAUGGAUAUCAAUGUGUAUCUGACGUGGAGGCAGUUUCACCAUCCGUACGGACCGGUUCUGCCGAAGGCUUCCACGGAUGUUCAGAAGAUUGUUCGCUCAACACGGCUCCGGGAACAUGUCGCAUUGUCGUACGUGCUGGACGCCACGACCAUUUUUGAAAGUGCCAAGACGCAGUUGCAGGCGGCCAAGGACACAGCAACGGACCAGACAUCGCAGAUCACCGGUGCCUUUUGGCCUCGCAUCACUACCCUCGCACUUACCGACAUUUGCCUGGCGCCCAACCAGCCAGUUGAAUAUGGGUCGCGUGCUGUUCGAUUGGCAGCCGAAAUGAUCACGCAUAUGCCAGCUCUGGAGAUCCUAGAACUGUGGUAUGGCAACAAAGAGCAUGGCUGUCUGUUCCGUUUUGAGUCUACGCGGCGGUCGGCGGCAGCACGCCCUGUCAUCACGAUACUAACAACGUGGGACGCCCAACCGGCGUGGUGGACGCCCGAAUUGGAAUCCCUGUGGGCAGAAUCGGCAGCACUGUUGUCGCCGUAUCCGCUUCGUGUUGAGCACCGCGUCUUGCCAGAGAUGUUGUCUCCCACAAACAACCGCCUCGCACCGUAUAUGCGCGUCAUAGGGAAUCUUGUCUUGCGCGAUCGCGUGAUCGAUCCGGUGUCACUGUAUGACAUGGUACAAGACCCGACAUAUGCAGUUUCUUGGCCAGAGUGA